GGGGGCAGGUGGGCUGGGCUGCGAAUUGCUCAAGGACUUGGCUCUAACUGGCUUUCGGAAUCUUGAUGUAAUCGAUAUGGACCGGAUUGAGGUUACCAACCUUAAUCGUCAGUUCCUCUUCAGAUGUUACAAGCUAAAGAGUUGGUUGGUCUUUGCUCUUCCCAGUUACUAAACUCUAGCUGAUUUCAGUUGCUCGAGCUAAGUGAUAUGCUAGUCAUAAAGAUCUUCACAGACAUAGCGAAGUUUAUCUGGAUUUUGACCUCCAGAUUGGGUAUCAACUGUCAGUUGACAUGAUCUAAAGGGCUCAUUUUUAUUUUUUUAUAUGACACAAAGUAAAAAAAAAUUCAUUUGUUAUAUAUUUUUGCUAUUUUCCCAUCUGUCUCCAUUCACAAUAUCUUCUAUUCACAAUUGUUUCUAUAUACUCCAUUUUUUUAAUGCUGAAAAGUUAUCCUGCCUGCAUCCUCUGUGUAGACUUGAAGAUGUAGGAAAGCCAAAGGCUGAAGUAGCUGCUAAACGAGUUAUGGAAAGAGUUAAUGGUGUAAAUAUUACACCACAUUUCUGCCGCAUCGAAGACAAACCAUUGGACUUUUAUAGUGAUUUCAGCAUAAUUGUCCUUGGGCUUGAUUCUAUUGAGGCUCGGAGCUACAUAAAUGAAGUAGCUUGUGGCUUUCUAGAGUAUGAUUCUGACGAUAAUCCUCGAGAAGAAACUGUCAAACCUAUGGUGGAUGGUGGAACUGAAGGAUUCAAGGGCCAUGCCAGGAUUAUAAUUCCAGGAACAACCCCAUGUUUUCAGUGUACCAUUUGGCUGUUCCCUCCGCAAGUAAAAUUCCCUCUUUGUACUUUGGCAGAAACUCCAAGGAAUGCUGCUCAUUGUAUUGAAUAUGCCCAUUUGAUUAAAUGGAAUGAGGUCCAUGGUCGCAAAAGCUUUGAUCCAGAUAAUCCUGAAGGCAUGCAAUGGGUUUAUUCAGAGGCCGUCCAGAGAGCUGAACUUUUUGGAAUUCCUGGAGUUACAUAUUCUUUGACCCAGGGUGUGGUAAAAAAUAUUAUCCCCGCUAUAGCUUCCACGAAUGCUAUUAUCUCAGCUGCUUGUGCUUUGGAGACCUUGAAAAUUGUUUCUGGAUGCAGCAAGUCACUGUCUAACUAUUUAACGUAUAAUGGAGUGGAAGGUCUUCAUAUUAAAGUUACAAAGUUUGUGAAGGAUGCAGAUUGCCUUGUUUGUGGUCCCGGUGUUCUAAUCGAGUUGGAGAAGUUUGUUACUUUAAAAAAGUUUAUCAAUCAACUGGAAGAUCACCCUCGUCUACUCCUGACUAGAGUGAGCGUCUCAUACAGGGGGGAAAAGUUAUACAUGCAGGCACCUCCAGAAUUAGAAAAGGAGACUCGAUCUAACCUGGAUAUUCCCUUAUUUGAUCUAAUGAAUGGAGUAUCGAGGGAUAUUGUUAAUGUUAAUGGCAUGGCAGGCAAGGGUGACAAGAAGCAGUCUUGUAUGAGGAAGUUAUGCAUUGCAUUCAAGGGGGUUGACGGGGUUGCAGAUAUUGAUAUGGCCGGUGGGGCAUAACCUCACAUUUCCACUUUCAGGCAUUCCAUCAAGAGGUAUCGAAAUCGUUCAUCCAGUUGCAUAGUAGUAGCAUAAAUGUCCCUUUUUCGAUCUCAUAAUUUGUAGUGGUCAAUAUAUGAAGAAUUCAUGAAAAGCAGGAUGCUGAUUGCUUAGCAUCCUCUCAUUUUUCCUAUACCGUGAACUUACUUCAUCAAAUGAUACAUCAAUGAAAAUUGAGAUUUUGCUUCGA